GUGAAGCAGGCUUUCAUGGAAAGAGAGCUUAGCUUGCUCGUCGACUUGGGUGGCAAGUUGCGGCGUGGUUCCGAGGGCAGAAUCGCGGUUGCUGCCGAUUUCUAGGCUUAAGAUAAGCGAGAAAUUUUGCGUCAUGCAAUUGCAGAGUGGUCUUUCGGAGUGGAGGAGAAUUCGCUGGUGAGAUUGAUUAAAUUUCAGACGUCUUUUGGUACUGUCAGCGUGGGAUGUGGGAGGUGGGGAACGGGAAUCAACAAAGUUUAUUGCGGGACGGGGAGAUGGAUUUGGGUGGAGUUGAGGUGGAUUGAAGUCAAUUUCUGGAGUGGAAUUUGGGUUGAAGAAGUUGGGCACACCGUGUUUAUUCCACGGAUAUGAAUUUUGAUAGGAGAUUGAGCUGUAAGAACAUGAAUGAAUUCUGCUGAAAAGGAUCAUAUUAGAUGUAGUACACCCAUAGCGAGAGGAAUAUAAGUACGAGGUUGGAUUUAAGGAGUGUGAGGCAAGAAGGUCGAGAAGAAUGUCUGGACGGUGUCAUGAUCGUAGUCAGCAUCAUCAUCGUCACCAUGGGCGCUCAAGAUCAUGUAGCACCGUAGUAGUAGCGGUGCGGGUGGGCCUCUUCAGCGCUGCAACGGCUGCUGUUCUUGCUUUGUAUCGCCAAUUCCGGUCCAUUGUGCACAACUUCGCCCCAGCUUAUAUUCGUGAGCUGGACAAUGGCGAAAAUAGUGAAACCAAUCGCGCUGGCCGACUUGCCGAGCUCAGGGUUGCGGAGUUAUUUCAAGGGAUUCCUGGCGUUGAGGUUUACCAGUCACUGCGUAUUCCAGAUCCUGGACACCGGGGACGUCGUGAGGUUGAUAUAGUUCUUUUGACGAAAAGGGACCUGUUCGUUCUUGAGGUGAAGAAUUGGUCAGGGUCUAUUCAUCUUAAUGGUGACGGGAGCUGGGUGCAGAUUCGUAGUGAUGGUUCAACUGUAGUGCAUUCAAAUUUGAUGGAGGAUUUGAAGUACCGCGUUGAUCUGCUGGAGACUUAUCUUGAAAGAAGAGGAGUCGCUUUACCUCAUGGAUUUCUGCAGCCAAAAGUGUUUCUUUUGAAUCGGCAAUGCAGGCCGGAGCAAGCCAUAAUCAUGCAGCGCGAAGUGAUUUCGGCAGAUCAAUGGGAACAUUUUUAUAAUAUUAAUUUAGUUCAGAAAGAUUCAGGAUGGCUGAGGAAUGCACUCAGCAGCGAAAAGGUGGAGGAGACAUUGUCGGAACAAGAGAGAAAGCAGCUUCAUUAUAUAUUGAGUACUGCUCCCACAUGGGAUAGGCUGGAGCUUGAAGAUGGGAAGAUUGUUGUUGGGGAGUUCCAGGGAUUCAAGGGUCGGUCAUGUGACACUAGAAUUUUAUCAUCUGUUAAGCGUUCGGCUGUCAGCCGAAUGGACAUGACCCAUCGACAAGGCUGGAUCAACCAACUAUUCGGAACACCGAAGGUUCAGAUUCUGGUUACUCUUCGUGAUUACCGAGCUGUGAAUUUCAACUUCCCAAAUAGGAAGUCAUUACAGGAUUCUUGCAUGCAAACUACAGUUAGAUCAGAGACUCGGCUUAUAUUCCAAGUAGUUGGGACUUCAAAACCUGAGUUCUUCAGUGUGAGUGAAGUACGUUCUUUAUCACUCAGCUCUUAGUCUACGGUUUUUAGGUGACGAAGCAACUUGGUUAAGAGCUUGAACGUGGUCAUGCUUUGAAUCAGCUAAACAAGUACAACCUCUGCAAGCUUCAGGACCUGGAAGUCCUUCGGCUUACAGUGGGGACAUGCAGACUUCUGCAGUGAUAUUCUGCGGCCCACUGAUCUCACGGCGUUGUAAAUACCGAUGCACCAAACAGUGGAUACUGUAUCUGAGGUGCCGUAGGAUGAUCGUUUCUAGAUGGGAGUGUGAAGACAAGAUAGAGUGUGGUUUGUGAAGAUGGUUUUGUGGACGGGGUUUACAGCCUCCUCUCAACAAUCUUACUUAGUAUGACAGAAGUGGCGUGGUUAACAUGGUGUGACAGAAUUUGUCUAGCCCUAGCUUUACCUUUGGCCCAUUGGCGAUGUAUGCCAAGUAUAGACAUAUCUCAUUGUGGCACUCUGUGCUUUUCCCCUUCCAACUUGACCAUAACAUGAUACAUGAUGAACACAAUAUAGUUGAAACCUGCAUUAGUCUUGUGACAUAUACAGUCAAAGACUUCUUAUCAA